AUGGUUGCAGAACAAAGGGACGCCUUUUCCACUGUGGGACAACAUUCGAUCCAAAAUCCCGUCACACGAUUCUGUGAGCGCAGGAAUAAGCUCACGUCUUGUCGAGACGGACCAAACACAAUACAGCAAUCCGACUCUCUACAACUGCUUGCGACAGUAAAGGUACUAGUUUGUAAGGGUGGUAUUAAGGGUAACUAUUGGAGGUACACUCAUAAGGUUCACAGUCCAGACACGCAGAGGUUCUUCUUGCCUAUUACACACUCGCUCGUGCUAGCUGCUGUCACAGAGAUAGCAGGGAAGAUAGGUGCACGUAAUGGGUAUAUUCACUACGUGUGGCUAGAAGAAUUAGGUCAGGCUAUAGACAGGACGUAG